CCUCAAAGUAUGCAACAGUCAAGAGAUAAACAGAAGUCGUCCAGCAGUGUGAAGCCGAACUACACGUUGAAAUUUACGUUGGCUGGUCACACAAAAGCAGUGUCGUCGGUGAAAUUCAGCCCUAACGGAGAAUGGCUGGCUAGUUCAUCGGCUGAUAAAUUAAUCAAAAUUUGGGGAGCGUAUGAUGGAAAAUUUGAAAAAACCAUAUCUGGUCACAGAUUAGGUAUUAGUGAUGUCAGUUGGUCAUCGGAUAGCCGACUUUUGGUAUCAGCGUCCGAUGAUAAAACUCUUAAAGUGUGGGAAUUAUGUUCAGGAAAAUGUGUCAAGACACUCAAAGGACACAGCAAUUAUGUAUUUUGCUGCAAUUUCAACUCACAAUCAAAUCUCAUUGCUUCGGGAUCAUUUGAUGAAAGUGUUCGAAUUUGGGAAGUAAAAAGUGGCAAAUGUCUUAGAACGUUUCCCGCGCAUUCAGAGCCAGUUAGCGCUGUACAUUUCACCAAAGAUGGGUCCUUGAUUGCUUCCAGCAGCUACGAUGGGUUAUGCCGUAUUUGGGACACUGCCAGCGGUCAAUGUCUGAAGACCUUAUUCGACGACGACGACAAACCGCCAGUAUCUUUUGUUAAAUUUUCACCAAAUGACAAAUAUUUACUUAUAGCCACAUUAGACAACACGUUAAAAUUGUGGGAUUACAUCAAAGGAAAAUGUCUAAAGUCUUAUAUUGGCCAUAAAAAUACAAAAUAUUGUAUAUUUGCCAACUUUUCUGUGAUCGGGGGAAAAUGGAUCGUAUCUGGUUCGGAAGACAACAUGGUUUAUAUUUGGAAUCUACAAUCAAAGGAGAUUGUACAGAAACUGCAAGGACACACUGACGUGGUUUUGUGUACAUCUUGUCAUCCAACAGCAAAUAUCAUAGCAUCAGCCGCUUUACAAAAUGACAAAACGAUUAAAUUAUGGCUAAGUGAUACUUGA